GCUUUCUUUUCUUUACCUUUGCCGCUUCCCAUAUGUCUCGCUUUCCAUAGCGCAGAAACACGGCUUUAGUUCCCUGGACGCCCGGAAACGAAUAUCCAAGAUUGACCCUUAUUCGGAGAGACUCCGAUACUUGCAAGGAUCUAUUGACUUCUACCAUAAACUGGCGAAGGGUCCUCUGUCGGCCAGUACGGUCUUACCACAUAUUGACCACCAACAAACAGGCACCAUCUUGCAAGCCCGGGCAGAAAUUUUCCAUCAGAACAUUGUUGCAUCUCUAAACGCUGCAAUAUGGUCUUGUGCAUGUCACGAAGCAUAUGAUCCUGCCACCUAUUUGCGCGUCACAUGGCUUCAGCCGAGCCUCCUACCGACGUGUCAUCCUCUGGCCAGGAGUCAGGGCCUUGGCGUAAUGGCGACGCGGCAUCAGGCGUGAACGGUUGGACUUCUCUUUCGAAUAUUACUGGCGACAUGAGCGUACCAGCCUUCCAAGCAGUAAACGCACGUAGUGUAGGUGGUGGAGGUACAGCUUCACCAGCUGCGCCCUUGCCACCUCCAAUCAACAGCAGCGGAAAUGCCGCUGAUCCGCCUAGCGACUCACGGACGACUUCCAACCCUCCACUUGCAUUGAACACGGAGGACGGCGAUCUAACAAUAACUGACGUUGCCACUUAUGGCACUCGCUCGAGGAAUCGAGCGGGUAACGCUAGGCCCAAUUAUGCUGAGGAUCAAGACAUGGAGUUCGACUUCGGAACUACAAUCACGACGAAGAAGAAACUUCCACCUGCUGAUGCCUUGGCUGCUUCUCAAGCUGUCUCUGAUGUCAAACGGGCCGAUGGCCUCACGCAUCUGACCAACGGUAGCUCAAAGGAAUCCACGCCCGUGACAUCAGCUGCGCCUGCAGCGGCUUCCAAAAAGCGAAAGGCCAUUGGAGGCGCGCCUCAACAAUCCAACACCUCACCAGCACCGGCGGUGUUGGGCGCUUCUGCAUCGCGAAAGCCAACUACGGUCACACCAAACAUGGCGAGGGAGACUAACGUUAUGUCCUUCGUCAAGCACAGAAACUGUCUAAACAAAAAGGGUGAGCUGAUUGCCGAUGAUGGCACCAAGCUCGUGGUCAAUGAUCACGUGUACCUUGUCUGUGAGCCUCCAGGUGAUCCAUACUACUUGUGCCGCGUUAUGGAGUUCCUGCACGUUGACUCUGACAACCCAAACUCGCCUGUGGACUCCUUGCGGGUGAAUUGGUACUAUCGGCCCCGAGACGUCCAACGAUUCAACAGCGACACUCGUUUGGUGUACGGCACCAUGCAUUCCGAUACCUGUCCACUGAGCUCUCUGCGCGGUAAAUGUAUGAUCAAGCACCGCUCCGAGAUUGAGGACCUGGAGGCGUACCGCAAAGAACGCGACUCAUUCUACUUUGUUCAAGUAUUUGAUCGGUUCAUCCGACGGUGGUACGAAUGUAUUCCCGUCGCGCAGAUCAUUAAUGUGCCGGAGAAGGUCAAGAAAGCUCUCGACGAGCGUUGGAAGUUCGUUGUGGUUGAGAUUGGCCGUGUAAAAGAGCUUACCAGUGCAGUCAAAACGUGCAAGCGUUGCGCUAGGUACUGCGCUUCGCACGAGUCUGUGGAAUGCGCGAUUUGCAAGAACUCAUACCACAUGAACUGCGUUCAGCCACCUUUACCCAAGAAGCCUUCUCGCGGUUUCGCCUGGGCUUGUGGACCUUGCAGCAGAGCGUCGGAGAAGAAGCAGGAGGCGCGGCUGACUCCGACGAUCAGCGGCGAUGUUACAGAGGCCGAGGAGGAGCCAAUCGAGGACGAAGAGCAGCCCGGAGCCUCUAGUGACAGCACACGUGCACCGAGUCCGACUGGCGACGAAGUGCCUGUGAAUCUUCAUCCGGCCACUGCAGCUGAAAUCGCCUUAGCUAAGAUGUGGCCAAUGCGAUAUCUUGGCAUUCACUGUCGUGUGGAAGAUGCGCUGCAGUACGAUGAUCGUGCAAUCUACCCGCGGGCAAGCUCGCGUUUGGGACCACGCCAUCAAGCGAACGUCAACAUGUGGCAUGGCCGGCCUGUUGAACUGGUCAAGCCUGCAGAUAUCAAAAAGCGCUACAACAAAGCCAAUACGAGUCAUAAGAAAGACGGCAAGUUCACCAAAGAGACCAUAGCCGCUCUCGAAGCAGAUCGCGAAGAGCGGGCGCGGCGUCCAAAGUGGGUGCAAGAUGAGCCCCCGGGUUACGUCGCUCGUGGAGAAGACUUUCCCGCAGACGAUCCAAGGUGCACAGCCAAAUUGUUGUACAAGAUGCCAGAGACAGGUCCUUCGGCCGAGAGGGAAGCAUUUACUGACGACUUUGUCAAGAAAGCGAAAGUAUACGCUCGCGGCCUUGGCGUGCCGCCUUUCGGCGUCAAUUUCCUUGACAAAGCGCUGGAAUUAUUGACACAGAGCAAUUACAAUGUCGAUAUCGCUCUCAACAAACUCAAGACAAUGGACCGGAAGCGAGAUCUGCACGAGCCGAUCUUGACGAAAGGCGAGCUUGCAAAAUUCGAGGAAGGUGUUGCCAAGUACGGGUCCGAGCAUAGGCUCAUCCGCCUGCACAUGAAGACACAUCUGCCAAACUCAGAUAUUGUUCGGUUCUAUUAUUUAUGGAAGAAGACACCGAAAGGCAGAGAGAUCUGGGGCAACUAUGGAGGCAGGAAGGGCUCGAAGCGCAAGGUUGAGAGCGAUGCGGGCGCAAAACUGCAAGCCGAAGUGUUGCACGAUGGCGACGACUCGGCGUUCGACAACGAUAAAGCAAUACGCCGUAACCGUGGUUUCAUUUGCAAGUUCUGCAACACAAUGCACUCGCGUCAGUGGCGGAAGGCGCCAUUCGUUUCAGCUGGACAGACGGUGGCAGUUGAUUCCAGGAGCGGUGGGAAAGAGAAAAAGGAUCGGAUGAUGCUCGCUUUGUGUUUGCGCUGCGCAGGUCUGUGGCGCAAGUACGCUAUUCAGUGGGAGGAUGUUGAUGAAGUCGCAAAGAAGGUCGCACAGGGCGGAGGACGUGCGUUGAAGCGCAGGAUUGACGAGGAGCUUUUACGGGAGCUUCUUGCUGCUAACGACGCUGCGAACCUCCCAGUUGAGGAGCCGCCCGCCGCUCUGCCAUCAAUCGAAACCAGCGAGCCGCCGAAGAAGAAGUCAAAGACGGAGCUCGCAGCUUCUCCGAUACCCGAGCCACCUAAGAAGAAGCUACCACCACCCCCUCCGCCCAAGGAGCCAACACCACCUCCACCACCUAUCGUUCCUACUCCGCCGCAGUUGAAAGUCUUGCCUUGCGCAGUCUGCCGCGGAAUUGAAGAUACUGUUGCAUGUGCCCAUUGCAAGCUUACGGUGCAUCGGCGAUGUUUCGGUCUCAAGGAGAACGAGGGGCUGAAGCAAGACGGCUCCGUCUACUGGGUGUGCGAGCAGUGCCAGAAUGACAGACUUCCUGAGGUCUCCACUGACUACGCAUGCUGCUUGUGCUUGACGGAGGAGACGCUUGUGGAUCUGGUCGAGCCACCUAAGGUUUCACAUAAGAAGAAGACCGACCGGGAGCGCGAAAAGGAGCGCAUGGAGAAGGAGCUUGCGGACGCGAUGCGAGCAGAGUACCGCAACAAGCAGUUGUCGAUGAACUACCCCUUGAUGCCGCGCGAACCGCUAAAACGCACUACCGGCAAUAACUGGAUGCAUGUCUACUGCGCAGUCUGGACGCCAGAGAUCCGCUUCAGCAACGCUCAAAAGCUUGAGCUUGCUGAAGGCUUUCAGAACAUACCGCCGGCACGAUUUGAUGCUGUCUGCAAGCUCUGCAAGAACAAAGAUCACAGCGGCAAGGUCCGUGAAGAUGCUGGCGCUUGCAUCUCGUGCUUUCAGUGCAACGCGAACUUCCACGCCUCGUGCGCGUUCGAGGCCGGCUAUCAGUUCGGCUUCGAUGUGACGCCGGUGAAGGGCUCUCGCAAGGAUCAGAUCACGACUGUGUCUCUGGUUUCGGAAACGGGUUCUGUGAUCGCUGCAGUCUGGUGCAAGGAGCACGCUAUUAAGACCAUGGUGCACCCGAUGCACGAGGUGGUCGAUGAGUCUGGACGGACUGCUUUGCAAGUCUUCGUGGAGAAUUACAAGCAGGCAGACCUCACCUUGACUGGUACCGUGCGAAAGGCGAACCUCGUGCAGCUUACUAAAGACAAGGGUCAACAGGCCGCAUUAUCCGGAUCAGUCAACGGACGAAGAGAGUCAACUGCACAUAGCAUUGCAGCAGCCGUGCGCCGUGGCGCAAGAAAUUCUUCGGUUGCCGAUGCGAAGAGUGAAACGGGUGAGGACGGCGUCACACAGAUCUCAGAACCGGCGGAAGCGCAGCCUGAGCGCCAGUGUGCGAAGUGCAAAAUCGACGUUACACCGCGCUGGCACGCAAUUGCACGAGCACGACCGCCUACCCCGCCAAGGUCACCCAUACAGAGAAGACUGUCUAUGACGCUGGGCGAGUAUGCCGACCUUGAGCGCGAACGUUCGAAUGGACAAAACGAAAUGACGAUUGGCGGGGACACUACUAGCGCACCGAACUACGACCAGGCGAUUCCGGCUCCAUUGACUGAUCCAAUGCGAAGCCAACAGAUCAGGUUCAUGCCUCCAGGCGCUGACGGGCGGACGUGGAAUCGAAGACCAGACAUGGAUGGUGUGCCGCAUGGACAGAUUCGACCCGGCGAGCAGGCACACGUCACCGCCACUGGCACAACGCAUAUUGACGGAACACCAAUGCCUCAGCUGAACGGCGAGUCGGGGCCUCCGAAUGUCAACGAUGCCCUCGCGGAGGACUACCGCAGCCAUGCUAUGGCCUCUCAUGGAGAUCCUGCCGUCCCUACCCCUCCGCCUGAGCCAAGUGCAGCCGCCGCUACGGAAGCGGUGAUCGAGGAAUUUCUGUGUCAUAAGUGCUUCAUUAAGCGCAAGCUGAAUCCGACACCUUCGCCGCAGCCAGUCCCAGCUGCAGGUCCUGCGCCGCCCACGCUUUCGCCUCCGCGCCAGUUCCCACUACAUCUUGGCUGGACCGGACCGCCUGGCGGCGCGGUACAGUCAAAUGAAGCUCCCAGCAAACCACCGUGGGAGGAGCUGCCAAGGUCUAGCCAACCGCCUGCUCCACCACAUAUGAACGGUACUGGCCCGCCGCCUCCGGCCUAUAGCAACACACAGCCGAUUCCUCAAGGCUCUGGGUACCCGCCAUACGGUCAGCAACCGAAUGGCUAUCACAUUGCACCUCAGCACCCUCCUCCGGCUGCUGGUCCAACAAUGCAUGAGCGCCAACCGAGCUAUGGCUAUGGCCCGCCUCUUCCUGGUCCUCAGCAACAGCCGUACAACCCUGCACAGCGACCUUCGCCACUGCCGACAUUCCCACUGGCCAACCAGCCGAUGCCGAACAGCCAUCACUCCCCACAUGGAAGCCAUGCACCACUGCAGUCGCCUGCUGCGUAUCCCCCGCCGCUGCAACAGUACAGGCCCCGAAGGCCAGAAUCCCCAGUCAGCACGCAGUUGCCACCCAUCGGACAGCCACUGCAUAGCAGUCCACAGGCUUCAUUCACUCGUCCACAGGACCCGUAUAGCGGACCUCCACCAGUACACCAGCCGCCACCCCAGUACUCCACCGCUCCGCCAAUGCAGGCACCGACGCAGCCAACGCAGCCUCCUACUACCGAGCCGCAGAACUAUCCGCCUCCAGCGCCAAUGACCACGCCAUACCCAGAGGUCGGGCCUCCUGCUCAGCAUCAAGGCCAGCAAACACCGCAGCCUCAGCAAGCAAGUCCUACCAUGAGCCAAGCGCGGGCAGACGGUCAAGGCAUGCCUACGACACCGAGGGACGGCCAGAGUAAUGGCGUUCAAGGCAUGGGCGGUGCCAGUGCGAGUCCGAGUCUGCGAAAUCUACUUCACUGACGAGGCACACUGACAACCUGAGGACAUGGUGGAGUGGGCGAGGGUUAUGAAGUGAAGUGUUGUUCGAAGCUGGAGGUGACCCUACGUAGGCUCAAUAUAUGAUGGCUGCAUGGAGUGAAGCAGUGUAUGGUACCCUCUCGUUCCUCCCAAGCGAGUCGUCCGCCCGUAGAGUCUCGAUUGCUGUCACUAUGUCAUCCUGUGCCUGCCCUGUUUGCUUGGCUGCGGGGUCUGCAUCUUCAAUUCCCUGCGUCCGGUGCCCCUCAAUGAAUAUGAAGUCACCGGAAUGCCGAUUGCCGUGGUUUCUAACCCUCAAUGGACGGCAGCUCAAGUAGGC